AUGAAGACUUUGGUCCUGCUUCUUUGUUUUACUCUGCUCUGGGGAUGCCAAUCCGCUCCACAGGGGACAGGGCUGGGUUUUAGAGAAGUGGCUUGUGAUGACCCGGAAGUAGAGCAAGUAGCUUUGACGGCGGUGGACUACCUCAAUCAACAUCUUCUCCAGGGAUUCAAGCAUAUCUUGAAUCAGAUUGACAAGGUCAAGGUGUGGUCUCGGAGGCCCUUUGGAGAGGUGUACGAAUUGGAAUUAGACACACUGGAGACCACCUGCCAUGCUCUGGACCCCACCCCCCUGGCAAACUGUUCUGUGAGGCAGCUGGCCCAGCAUGCGGUGGAGGGAGAUUGUGACUUCCACAUUCUGAAACAAGAUGGCCAGUUCUCAGUGAUGCACACCAAAUGUCAUUCCAACCCAGACUCUGCGGAGGAUGUGCGUAAGGUGUGCCCACAUUGUGCGCUCCUGACCCCAUUCAAUGAUUCCAACGUGGUGUACGCUGUCAACGCUGCCCUGGGUGCCUUCAAUGAGAAGAAUAACAAAACCUAUUUUAAACUGGUGGAGCUCGCUCGGGCUCAAACUGUGCCUUUCCCACCUUCUACUCACGUGGAGUUUGUAAUAGCUGCCACUGACUGUGCUGCUCCCAAGGUCGCAGAUCCAGCCAAAUGCAACCUGCUGGCUGAAAAGCAAUACAGCUUCUGCAAGGCAAGUCUCUUCCAAAACCUUGGUGGGGAAGAGGUUACAGUGACCUGCACGGCAUUCCCAACACAGGCAAACGGUGUCACCCCAGCAAGUCCUGCACCCGCGGUGGAAAAAGGAAUACCUGUAGCCCUACCAGAUGCCCCACCUGCGUCAUUGGUGGUAGGACCCAUGGUGGUUCCUGCAGAACAUCUACCCCACAAAACCCACCAUGACCUGCGCCACGCCUUCUCACCUGUGGCCUCCGUGGAGUCAGCCUCAGGAGAAGCAUUUCAGAGCCCAACGCAGGCUGGCAAUGCUGGUGCUGCUGGCCCAGCUGUUCCCCUGUGCCCUGGGAGGGUCAGACACUUCAAGAUCUAGGCUAGACUCAGUGAAAUACGGUUUUGGCAGAGAGGACAUAGCCAUUAUUACGUCCAGGAUUGGAUGUGAAGUGGGGGAGCUUGUCCACUGACAAGGCAAGUAUGGCAUCACAGCUUGAGUUGCAAUUCUUUUCAUUGCUCAUAGAACAGGGGCAGAAGGGUGAUGGUUAUAGUUGACGAAAGGCAUAGAGCCAGCAAGCAGCAACACUGCCACUGCUGUGAUGACAAUCUGAUGCCAUUGUUUCUCUGCCUUCUCUCUGACCUCAUUACAAAAAACAAACUUUAAAAGGUGCUCUUGCCAAUCUUAUAUCUACCCAUAAAUAAAAGUGCCUGGAGGACCUUUCUUACAUAAGAAGGUUCUGAACCAAA